UCGCCCUGGCCACGCGCUGGUUGGCUGACCGCGCCGGCGGGUCCUGUACGGCAACGUGGCCUGCGCCCUGUACGGAAAGGGACGUACGUACGCCGUUGUCAGGGGAGACGAGGAAGCCGCGCGGGGUUUUCUUAUUUACUCCAAACACGUGACCGGAGAAGUGACAUGGCGGGAAAACUGAAGGCGGAGGAGGCGAGGAGAGUGCUGGAGGCGCUGAGUGCUGCGACCGGGAGGCUGGGAUCUUGUUUGGAGUCCCUGGAAGGCAGUCAGAAGAUGCUGGAGAAAUCCAUCAAGUGUCAGACACAUCUGAACCAUAGUUUGAAGCCGAUUCAGACCGCGUUUACUCUGAAAGAGAAUACAUCUGGCGGUUUGGACGCGGCUUCGCGGAUGUAA